AUGAGAAGUUCAAGUUCUAACUAUUCAUUAUAAAGAGAUAUAUAAAAAAUAGAGAGUAUAGAUUUGAGAAAUAGAAGUGGAAUCAGAAAUAAAAAAGAAGAAAAUGCAUAUUCACGAAUUGAUAAUAAGGAAAAUUAUUCAAUUUAAACAGGGAAAAAUUAAUUAUUUUCUUAUGGAGCAAAAUACUAACAUAAACUUUAAAUGUAAAAAUCUAAAGUAGAGAUACCUAUUGUUGAAAUCAAAAGAGUAGAUGAUAAAAAAUAGUUGAGUGUAAUUUUCAAAUUUUAUGCAUCUUUUGGAGAUAGAACCAAUAUUGAUUAUAUUAGAUCAAAUAAAGUACAUAAAUUAAUGUCAGAUUCAUAAAUCAAACUUUAAAGAUAAGAUUAAUAAUAAAUUGAUUUACUUUUUGUUAAAGCAAAUAGAAAUAAACCAAAUAUGGAUUUUGAGAACUUUUAUUACUUUUUAGAAUUAUUAUCUGAAAUUUUAUAUGGAGAAAAUUCAUUCUAAAUAUUAAUGGAUAAUCAUUUAACUCCAUUAUAUGAAAACAUAAUCUCAUCUACAGAUUUAGGAGAUGAAGAGACUAAACUAUCUUAAGAAAUUGAUCCAAUCUGUGUCAAAUUAAUGUAGGUUGUUAUUCAACCUAUUACUUUUAUUUAUAAUAAAUAUUUUCCUCCUUAAUUUAAGAAUUUUAAUUUGAAAGACUAAUAAGAAGAAUUAAUGUUGAAAUAAUAGAUUCGAUCUUCAUUGUUUUUAUUUUUAAAAGAAUUUGAAAUCUGUCCAUAAUUUAUUACUAAAGGAUCUGCUUAUUUAUUAUUAGAUUAUAUUUAAGCAGAUCUUAAUUUACCUUAAAUUUGUUAAUUAAAAAAAUAAAAGUCAAAAUUUGAUCUUAACUAAUUUUGUUGUUAUAUUAUUAAAUUAGCUAUGAUGACUCUUCAAAGUUUUGAUGAUUCAACUUAAGAAUAAUAAAUAAUAACACCACUUCAAAAAUUGGCUUUUUUAUUUGAGAGAAUGGAAUUGAGUCAAGGUUUUAAUAAUUUGGAAAUACCAUCAAAUAAUUCAAAAAUAAAUUGGAAAUUAAAAGUACCUGAAGAACUUAUAGAAUUAAUAAUUAGUGAACCUGAUGCUAUUUAAUAUUUAAAUUCUACUACUUAGAGAAUGAAAAUUCAUCAAUUAAAAAAUGAAGAAUUUUGUGAUGAAUAGGUGAAAAGAAUUAAUACAGUUCCUACUAAUAGAAUAAGACCAUCUAUAUAAAUUAAUAAAUAAUUUGAGGAAUAAUGUCAAUAAUUGUUUUAAGAAAAUUAUACAUAAUUAUUUAAUAUCUAUAGAUAAUAUUCUGGUAUUAGUUAAUAGACUGGACAAGAUAAUGAAUUAGUUGGUAGUAAAUGGAUGAAAUUUUUAAAAGAUGCAAAUUUAGUUAAUAUAAAUUUAAUUGAUAAAAAUAGUAAAUUAUCUUAUUAAAUACCUCAUAAUGAAAUUGAUUUAAUUUUUACUAAGGCAUGUACAGUCUCAUAAAAUAAUAGAACAUCUGUUCCAAUUAAAUAAAAAAAAUAAACUAUGAAUUUCUUAUAAUUUUUGAAAGGUCUUUAAUUACUUACAAAUGAUAUACAUGUUUUAAAGACAAUAUUAUAUGAUCAUGUAUUACAUUUAAUGAGUCAGGGACCAGAAAAUAAAAUGAAAGAUCUUCUCUCUUAAUUAAUGAAUUUAUUAAAGGAUAAAGAAAUAGUUGAAUUUUUAGGAUUACUACAUAAAUCUAUUUUAGUAUAUUAUAAACAUUAUACUAUUGGUAAAUAGAUUAUGAAUUUUGAAUAGUUCUUAAGAUUUUAUAAAGUAAAUUAUUAUAUUUAAUAUUAUUAGGAUUUCUCAAUCUUUCCUGAUUUAUUAACUAAAAAUAAGAUAGUUUAAAUAUUUUAAAUAUUGUCUAAAUUAUAUGAGAAUCAAGAAAAUUCAAAUAUUAAAAGUGGUAAUAUUGAUCAACAUAUGUUUGUUGAAUCUCUUGCCCUUUCAGCAUUGGAAAUCUUAUAUAAUGAUGAUGAAAAUUUAAGUUAGUUAGAGAAAGUAAGUAUACUUAUAUGAUUUAAGAUAUAUUUUUUGAUAGAGAGAUUAAAUUAAUCUGAUGGGCCUAGGAUUGUUCAGAAGUAAUUAGGACAUACAAAGUAAAAUAUUAAUAAUUAAAAAAUUUAGAUGUCCUUCUGGUUAAGACUGGGACUUAUUGUAUCAUAUAAGAAAGAGGUUUUCAUGGUUAAUUUAAUAACAAGAAUAAGUCUCUUAAGAAUAAUGA